AUCGAAAAAGGGCCUGUGAUAACGUGGAAAACUGCAAACGGGCACACUAUUUGUUAGGUGGCAGAAACGUAUUUAAUUUAAGGCAGAUUUUUAGGACAGCAAUGGAUGCCAAGCUUGAUAUGUUCGAGGACGUGAACACGUCACCCUCGUUGGAGGGCGAUAUGUCCAUUCCGGGCAAGAGAACCACAACAACUGCAACGUCGCCGGGCGGAGUUCCGGAUUACAACACCCUGGACGAGCCCAUCCGUGAGACAGUGCUGCGUGACAUUCGGGCCGUCGGCAUCAAGUUCUACCAUGUGCUGUAUCCCAAGGAAAAGUCCAGCCUGCUUCGCGAUUGGGACUUGUGGGGUCCGCUGGUGCUGUGCACCUUCAUGGCCACCAUUCUGCAGGGCUCCUCCUCCGCUGACAGCAUGUCCGACAACGGUCCCGAGUUUGCCCAGGUCUUCGUCAUCGUCUGGAUAGGAGCGGCCAUCGUCACACUCAACUCCAAGCUGCUGGGCGGCAAUAUCUCGUUUUUCCAGUCUGUUUGCGUGCUGGGGUAUUGCCUCACGCCGGUGGCCAUUUCACUGAUAGUGUGCCGGGUGAUCCUGCUGGCCGCCCAGACGCGUCUGCUCUUUUUCCUGCGUUUCGUCACUACCACCAUGGGCUUCGCUUGGGCCACCUAUGCUUCCUUUGUAUUCCUGGGACAGAGCCAGCCGCCCCACCGCAAGCCCCUGGCUGUCUACCCAAUCUUCCUGUUCUUCUUUAUCAUCUCGUGGCUGGUCUUGUCCCACAAUUAGUUCAGUUAGUGCCUAAGUCCCAAAGUAAACAGUGCACGUUCCAUAGCGUAACCAAAAAGAAUCGGAAAUCAAUUGUACAUUUGUUUAAGCUA